UAAGUAAGUUGUGUCACCUUGAGUGGUACUGACCAGUGAGAUUUUGGGCUCUGGCCCAUGGACUAGUUUCACCCAGGUUUCACCGCUGGGCUGCGCAGUGGCGUUUGCGACGGCGGAUCUAUUGUUUACGGUAGGAGGGGGGUGGUGACGUAGGAGCGCACCUCCGUGCUGGCCAGACACCAGCAGCAAGGACAGGCCGACCACACGGCUCCUGCAGAGCCUCAGCCUCGGACCCGGCGCUACCGGUGGAAGGUGCUGCGAUCCUGCAGGACGCAUCAUAUUUCCCCACCGAUCAGAUCGGCUUUUGGGUGAGAUUCCUCUGAGGGAACUCCGAUUUUAUUAGUUGUAACAAAAGAAUUUAAGAUCAAAUUUCAACAUGUCAAGCACUCAAAGAGAUGGAGGACUCUCCGCAAACCCAGAGGUCAGGAAAUCAGACCUGAGACUGACUGAGAAGAAAUGCUCAUGGGCAUCUUAUAUGACAAACUCUCCAACGAUGAUCGUGAUGAUCGGCUUGCCUGCAAGAGGAAAAACCUACAUGUCAAAGAAGCUCACGCGUUACCUCAACUGGAUAGGAGUCCCAACCAAAGUGUUUAACUUGGGCGUGUACCGCAGAGAGGCUGUCAGAUCCUACAAGUCCUACGAUUUCUUCCGCCAUGAUAAUGAGGAAGCCAUGAAAAUAAGAAAGCAGUGUGCUCUGGUAGCUCUGCAGGAUGUGAAGGCGUACCUGACGGACGGAGGUCAGAUCGCAGUUUUUGAUGCAACAAACACAACAAGAGAACGACGUGACCUUAUACAGGCUUUUGUGAAGGAAAAUGGCUUCAAGGUAUUCUUUGUGGAGUCUGUGUGUGACGAUCCAGAUGUCAUUGCUGCUAAUAUUCUGGAAGUAAAAGUCUCCAGUCCAGAUUACCCUGAAAGACACAGAGAAAGAGUCAUGGAUGACUUCCUGAAACGCAUCGAGUGCUACAAGGUCACUUACCAACCGUUAGAUCCAGAUGACUAUGACAAGGACCUUUCUUUUAUCAAGGUUAUGAAUGUGGGCCGGCGUUUCUUGGUUAACCGGGUGCAGGAUUACAUCCAGAGUAAGAUAGUCUACUACCUCAUGAACAUCCACGUGCACUCACACUCCAUCUACCUGUGUCGCCAUGGAGAGAGCGACCACAACAUGGAGGGACGCAUCGGAGGAGACUCUGAACUCUCCCCACGUGGGAAACAGUUUGCACACGCCCUGAGCGGUUUCAUCGAUGAGCACAACCUGUCGGACUUGAAGGUGUGGACCAGCCAGCUGAGGAGGACCAUCCAGACAGCAGAGGAGCUGGGCGUGCCUUACGAACAGUGGAAGAUCCUCAACGAGAUUGAUGCUGGUGUGUGUGAAGAAAUGACCUAUGAGAUGAUCCAGGAGACAUUCCCAGAGGAGUUUGCUUUGAGGGACCAGGAUAAGUACCACUAUCGCUACCCAGGAGGAGAGUCCUACCAAGAUCUUGUUCAGCGUCUGGAGCCGGUUAUCAUGGAGUUGGAGAGGCAGGGCAACGUGCUGGUCAUCUGCCACCAGGCUGUGAUGCGCUGCCUCCUGGCUUACUUCCUGGAUAAGGGUGCAGAGGACCUUCCAUACAUUAAAUGUCCACUCCACACAGUGCUCAAGCUCACACCCGUUGCAUACGGUUGUAAAGUGGAAAUGUUUUAUCUGAACGUGGAGGCGGUGAACACGCAUCGAGACCGGCCACUUGGUAAUGAUCCAAUGGACUCUGCUCUCAUACAUCGGCGGAAUAGUUACACUCCCUUGUCCAGUCACGACCAGGUCAAGCGACCCAGGCUCUACAGCGCGGGCAACCAGCCCUGGCUACCGCUCGCUCCCACCCCAUCGGCUCUGAUGCCAGAGGGACUGCAAAGCCAAACUCGGAUAGGAAGCAGUUGUCUGAGUCCCUGUGUGAGGGAAUCGACUUUGACAGCCCCGAAGAAACUGGUGGCUGUGUCCGCUUCUGAGUGAAGGUCGGAUCCUCAUCCUCCUGUCUUCAUGGCACAGUGGGUCAAAGUUUUGGUGGGGGGUCAUUGAAAAUGUUACAGGAUGAAAAAACAGAACAGUUUCUUCUCAGAAUGAGGCCACAAGUGUGACAAAGUAAUCCUAUUCGCCGUCCUUAAUCUGCAUGCCAAGGCUUUGAUCUAAAAGCCUCAUCACGGGUAUCAUAAACACACUUUUGCAUGUGCUUAAAAAGAAAUCAGUCAACCAGAACGUAGUGUAGAACUGGUGACCCGUUCUCUGUAAAAACAGCAAUGCCUUACUGAACUUGAACUCUGUUAAUAGAAUUAGGUUCUCUGUAUAGCUCAGAAUGUCAUAUCUACAAAUUACACACUUAUAUCACAUAGGUCAGUUUUCACUUUAGCAAGAGGAAUAUAUUAUGAAUUAGAUGCUAUAGAAAUAUUUUAUAAUGAAGAGUUAUGUAUAUACUAUGCAACGAUUGUAGUUGUCCUUGUUCAACUGGAUUUCAAAGCCAUCAUCUAUUACAUCCUAAUUUGGGAGAAUGUUGUUGGGUUCUCACCCUUCUUUCUGGUUUUGGACCAUUCUUUGUUACAUGAGCUUUUAGGAGUCAAAUCCCAUUGCUGGACAAGCUACAAUAUUUAAAGAGAAGAAUUUACAAACUGUACAUACUUAUCUGGUGACUGUUGCAGUGAACACUAAAUAUUAAAUGUUGAUCUACUGGGAAGGAAUUAUGAGCAACAAAACAAAGAAAAAAGCACAUGUAAGUGAUUCAGUCCCCAUGCUGUUGUUAUGAAUGUGUUGAGAUAGAUUUCUUCAAAGACACAAAUGUAUCUAUUUUUUAAAACAAAAAGACUGUGCUUCAAGUUUCAGUUCAUGAUUUUGUAAUGUUCCACUGUCGAUAAGUCAGCCUGCUCCGAGCAGCCUACUGUGCCUUUACAGGAGACAAUAAAAGAUAGU